AUGAUAGCUCUUGCUACAACGAUAUUAGGUGUCGCAGCUGUAAUAAUACCUGGUGGAAGAACAACACACUCCAGAUUUAAAAUCAAAAUCCCAACAAUAGAUUCAUCUAUGUGUAGUAUAUCAAAGCAAGAUGGGACAUCAAAACUCAUUAGAAUAGCUCGUCUAAUAAUUUGGGACGAGGCUGCUAUGGCUAAACGCGUUACAAUUGAAACGUUGGAUAGAACACUAAGAGAUUUAAUGGAUCAAGAUGAACCAUUUGGAGGAAAAGUAAUUGUAUUUGGUGGUGAUUUCAGACAAGUUUUACCAGUGGUGCCUCGAUCAACAAGAUCACAAACUAUCAAAGAAAGUUUAGUAAGCUCACAUUUAUGGAGCAAAAUGAUCAAACUACAACUUUCAAAAAAUAUGAGAGCAAAAUCAGACACAACAUUCAGUGAAUUUCUUCUUAGGAUUGGGAAUGGAGAUGAACCAACAGUGACACAGGAUCUCAUAAAACUGCCUAAUGCAAUGUUGAUCCAGAAUCAAGGUGACGACCUACCGGAAGAUUCUCUCAUAAAUUCAAUUUUUCCAUCUUUAGAUGAAAAUUUCAAGUCUAUUGACUAUAUGAAAGAUAGAGCUAUCCUUGCAACAAAAAAUGAAUAUGUUGACAUGUUAAAUGAUAGACUAAUAAAAAGGUUUCCAGGAGAAGGAAAAGAUUUCUAUAGCUUUGAUGAAGCAGUUGAUGACACUAAUCAUCAUUACCAAGAAGAAUUUUUGAACACUCUGCUCCCUAAUGGAUUACCACCACACAAGCUCAUGUUGAAAAAAUAUUGUCUAAUUAUUUUACUAAGGAACUUGGAUCCAACUAAUGGACUGUGCAACGAUGUUCUUGCAAUAAUAGCAAAUGUCAAGCCUAUGAUCAAGUACGUUACAAGAUAUAAUAAGGCGGACACAAGACAAGACAUCAUUAUAGUAGACAAAGAUGAGAUAACAUUGUCUGUAACUUUAUUCGGAGAUUUAGCGGGUAAUGAAGGUUCAAUUAUUGAAGAAAAUAUGCAUGAGACAACUAUAAUAGCGCUAUCAGAUUUUAAAAUAUCAUUGUACAAAGGGGAGAUGUGCAUGACUUUGCAAAUUGCAUCAACAAUAUGUAUCAACCCUGAAAUACAACUUGCUAAAGACAUGCAAGAAUGGCACAAUAUGGCAGCUUUACUGGAAAAAUAA